UUUACAAUUUACUCUAAUCCUUAUAAUAAUAAAUAAUUUAAUAUUUAUACUUAAGUCGCUUAUUUCUGAUAUAUUUUAGUGGCUGAUUUCUGUCUAUGUUAUACAGUUGUAGUUUGUAAACUAUUUUAUUGUUUCCGAGUAGUAAAUUAUUUAUAAACUAUUUUCUUAUGUUAUAAGUAACAGAGUAAAUUAUGUAUAAGUUAAAUUGGAGGUUUACUUAUACUCGAUGUUUCUUACCUGCAAUUUUUUUUGAUAAAAAUGUGCACGAUGUAGCUGGAACUGGAAUUUUAAACAACAAGAAAGUAGGCGGCUGGCAGGGUGUAAAAAAUGCCUUCAAACACGAUGAUGAUGGAAAUCCAUCUGCAGAUAUUAGAGCUAUAACAUCAACGAUAUGUUAUAGUGCAUUAUUAGGUGGUGUGUACGGAAGUUUUUCAUAUAGUAAACGAGCAUAUGAUGAUUUUUUUGCCAAAAAUCAAGCAACCCUCUUUCAAAAUCAAUUUGAAGCGAAAGCAAAACUUCAAUCUGCUGUUAGUUUAGCUAUGGCAAGAGGCAUAUUUAAAUGGGGAACAAGAAUUGGUAUAUUUUGUGGUUGUUUUGUGACCAUUGUAACUGUCAUGAAUGCCUACUUAAAUGAUGUAUCAGCUCUUAGCUAUUUAACUGCUGGAGUUAUUAUUGGUGGAGUCGCUAGAAUAAGUUUAGGGAUCAGAGGUUUAAUUAUUGGAUCCACAUUGGGAGGUUUUUUGGGCAUAAUAGUUGGAUGGACUACUUUAUUAUUGUUAAAAUUUUCUCCUUUAAGCAUGGAAGAACUAAAAGAAUGGCAAAACCAAUCUGAGAAAGAAAGAGAAGCAUUUUUCAUUAAAGAAGCAAAAGAGUCUAUUGUAUUCCAAUAUGAUCGACCUACUGUGUUGGUGGAACACGAUAAAAGGAUAGAAGGUCAAACAUCUACUGAAAACGAUAUUACAAAUAAAUAAUAAGGUUCUCAGAAUUCUCGUAUGUAGGUUCACCAGGAGGUUCAUCGUCAUCAGCUCCUUCAUAGUGUAAAAUAGCCACUUCAAAUGCGCUGUUAAACCGUUCAUCACAGUCCAUCAGACCUCUAAAACGCAUCCAAUAGUUUCCAAUUUCGGAUGUGGCUUCUAAUACAAAGUCCCAACGUUCGCCGGCAUAGCUGACAAAUGAGUCAACUGAAAUUAUGUACAUAUUAUAAUAUUGUUAGUCUUUUUUGUGUUGAAUGAAAUAUAGUGCUGUUAUAAAACUAUCA